GCAGAUUACUCACAUCUGUGAGCGUGUGUAAUCCGAUUCUCCUCAGGUCAUUUUGUGAAAAUCCAAUGUCGUCAUCGGACUAUUUCAUCCAGUCCAGAUAAAUCCUUUGUCGAAUUAUUCAUCGAAAGAAAUAUGAAGGCACUCCACAGACAUGUUGGCUAUGAGCUGAAGUAACCCUGCGAUUUGGCUCAACUUUUGAGCCAAAAACAAUUCCUAAUCUGUGGGAUUUCGUCUGAAAGAGCCCGAUCUGCAGUUUCCCCUGAUGACCGGCCACUGAAACUGAACCGUAGAUGAAAAGUGGGAGUCUUUCUCUUUCUGAUGAAUUGGGCUAGUAAUGCAGGAGACAGCUAUUCUGUCAGGGGCUCAAGAUGGCAGAUUUUAUUGAGUUCUAAACUGAAAUCUCGCUUCAUUUAUUUGCCAUGAAUAACAGAAGUGCUUGCACCGAUGGCCCCUGUAUACGAAGGAAUGGCCUCCCAAGUGCAGGUCUUCUCCCCCCCCGCCACUUUCCAGUCGAGUGCCUUCUUUAGUGUGAAGAAGCUGAAGGUGGAGCGGGCAGCCUGGGACAUGACCGGUUACGGUGCGCAUGGCAAAGCGUACGGCCAGAGUGGCAAGAGCGCGCCGGCUCCCCAGGUGGGCGUCGCCGGCCCCGCCCUGACCUACGAGCAGGCACUCGUCUUCCCAGCCAGCACGGGGCACGUGGUGGUGGCCUCAGCCAGCAGCACCUCGGGCAGCGCCGGGCAGAUCCACAACCUGAUCCGCCGAAGCACUGUCAGCCUUUUGGACACGUACCAGCGAUGCGGGCUAAAGCGCAAGAGUGAGGAGUUGGACAGCGGCAACAACGGCAGCGUGCAGAUUGUGGAGGAGCAUCCAGCCAUGAUCCCGGCGGCAGCCGGAAAUGCGGCGACCGCCAUCGCCGCCACCACCGCCUCCGCCGCCGCCUCGAAGAACAGCGGCGCCAACAGCGAGGGCGACUACCAGCUGGUGCAGCAUGAGGUGCUCUGCUCCAUGACCAACACCUACGAGGUACUGGAGUUCCUGGGCCGCGGCACCUUCGGCCAAGUGGUCAAGUGCUGGAAGCGUGGCACCAGCGAGAUCGUGGCCAUCAAGAUCCUAAAGAACCACCCUUCAUACGCGCGCCAGGGCCAGAUCGAGGUCAGCAUCCUGGCGCGCCUCAGUACCGAGAGCGCUGACGACUUCAACUUUGUGCGCGCCUACGAGUGCUUCCAGCACAAGAGCCACACGUGCCUGGUGUUUGAGAUGCUGGAGCAGAACCUCUACGACUUCCUCAAGCAGAACAAGUUCAGUCCCCUGCCCCUGAAGUACAUCCGCCCCGUGCUACAGCAGGUGGGUACGGCCCUCAUGAAGCUCAAGAGCCUGGGCCUCAUCCACGCAGACCUUAAGCCUGAGAACAUCAUGUUGGUGGACCCCACGCGGCAGCCCUACCGGGUCAAGGUCAUCGACUUUGGCUCCGCCAGUCACAUCUCCAAGGCCGUGUGCUCCACCUACCUGCAGUCGCGGUAUUACAGGGCUCCGGAGAUCAUCCUGGGGCUGCCGUUCAGUGAAGCCAUCGACAUGUGGUCGCUGGGCUGCGUCAUUGCUGAACUCUUCCUCGGGUGGCCGUUGUACCCGGGGGCAUCCGAGUACGAUCAGAUUCGGUACAUUUCCCAGACUCAGGGCCUGCCGGCCGAGUAUCUGCUGAGUGCAGGGACCAAGACGACCCGGUUCUUCAACAGAGACCCAGACUCUGCCUACCCCCUGUGGCGACUGAAGACGUCUGAGGACCAUGAGGGCGAAACGGGGAUCAAGUCCAAGGAGGCGAGAAAGUACAUUUUUAACUGUUUGGAUGACAUGGCACAGGUGAACAUGACGACGGAUCUGGAGGGUAGCGACAUGCUGGCAGAGAAGGCAGACAGACGGGAAUUCAUAGAUCUGUUGACAAAGAUGCUGACGAUCGACGCGGACAAGAGAAUCACCCCCAUCGAGACGCUCAACCACCCCUUUGUCACCAUGACGCACCUGCUGGACUUCCCCCAUAGCGCCCACGUCAAGUCUUGUUUCCAAAACAUGGAGAUCUGCAAGAGACGGGUGAACAUGUACGACACGGUGAACCAGAGCAAGACACCCUUCAUUACACAUGUGGCCCCGAGCACAUCCACCAACCUCACGAUGACCUUCAACAACCAGCUCAACACGAUGCACAGCCAGCCCCCUGCCAUGGCCCAAAGGGGUGUGUCCCUGCAAGCUGCUGCCCCCCAGCUCUGUGCUGCCAGGCCGGACCCCUUCCAGCAGGCUCUCAUCGUUUGCCCCCCCGGGUUCCAAGGGCUGCAGGCCUCACCAUCCAAGCACGCUGGCUAUUCGGUCCGAAUGGAGAGCGCCGUCCCCAUAGUGACGCAGGCCCCAGCUGGAGCCCAGCCCCUACAGAUCCAGCCCGGCCUGCUGGCCCAGCAGCCCUGGCCCAGCGGUACCCAGCAGAUCCUGCUGCCCCCGGCCUGGCAGCAGCUGACCCACGCAUCCGUGCCGCACACCACCGUCAUCCCCGAUGCCAUGGCGACCACACAGCCGCUGGCUACUUGGAGGAAUUCCCAUCCCCACGGCGGCCAUUACAACACCAUCAUGCAGCAACCGGCCUUGCUGGCUGGUCACAUGACCCUCCCGUCCACGCAGCCUCUCAACGUGGGCAUCGCUCACGUGAUGAGGCAGCAGCCAGUCAGUGGCUCUUCCACCAAGAAGAACAAGCAGCACCAAUUAUCCGUCAGGAAUGGCUUGGCGUGUGAGGUGUCAUCCUCGCAAGCGGUGCUGUCCCCGCAGCGCUCCAAGCGCAUCAAGGAGAACACGCCGCCCCGCUGCACGGCGGUCCCGGUAUGCGUACCACCCCCCGCCUGUGCCAGCUGGGUGGAUCAGACUGCCACAGCCCCCCGAGACCAGCAGCACCCCCAGCCCCCGCGCCAGACCAUCGUCAUCCCCGACACACCCAGCCCUGCCGUGAGCGUCAUCACCAUCAGUAGCGACACGGAUGAAGAGGAUGACAACAAGCGGGGCAGGACAACAUCCAAGCAGAGGAAGAACGUCAUCAGCUGCGUGACAGUACAUGAUUCCCCCGACUCAGAUUCUUCCGUGAACAAUAGCCCCUACUCUCUGGAGGCCCAGCCAGCCAGUGCCUUUGACUCCAAAGCCUCCACGUUGGAUGCCUACUGCAAUGGUAACACCCGCACCAUCAUCAUCCCACCCCUGAAGACGCAGGCUGGCGAAGCCAUGGCUGAGUGUGAGCAUCUGGUACCUGACACCAUUUCCCACCAGAACUCGGCCUACAAGCUAAAGCCUUCUGGUGGGGGGCUGCCGGGAGGGGGGCAUCCCUCUGGGAGCAUGGCUGGUGGGGGGUUCUACCGCCAGCAGCGCUCUGGGCCACAUCCCUUCCAGCAACAGCCACUCAAUCUCAGUCAGCCCCAGCAGCACAUGGCACCUGAUCGGAACGUCGGGAAUCGCCGGCAGCAGGCUUACAUUGCACCAACUGUUGCUGCCCCCGCCUCGUAUUCCUUCCACCACACCAGCCCUUCCCACACGGCUGCCGUGCACCCCCACCUGGCUGCAACAGCCCCCCACCUGCCUGGCCAGCCCCAUCUCUAUGCCUACUCUGCCCCCACCGCCCUAAGCUCUGCUAGUGCCGUGGCGCACCUGGUGGCAUCCCAGGGUCCAGCCCGCCACGCAGUCCAGCACGGCGCCUACCCACCGGGCAUCGUGCACCAGGUCCCUGUCAGUAUGGGCCAUCGUGUGCUGCCCUCGCCCACCCUGCACCAUGCCCAGUACCCGACCCAGUUCGCCCACCAGACGUACAUCAGUGCUUCGCCGGCCUCUGCCGUCUACACUGGAUACCCACUGAGCCCUGCCAAGGUCAACCAGUACCCAUACCUCUAGAGCCAGAACCCCGAGGCGAACCAAUCUCGAUGGGGUGUUCCCAAACGCCUUUUCUUCUAGAGCUGUCCCCCCGACGUGAUGCCGUAGACCCUUGUCCUCUGUGGGAGGCAAAUAACUUGCCUUUCUCUAGAGUCAUGAGGUUGAGGAGACCCAUCCUAAACCCAUACCUCUAGAGCGACACACUGGAGACCAUCUUACAGCUGCUUAACCCCCCCCCCCCUCCCUAGAUGAAGAAAGAAAUGCAAUCAUUCUCAUCGUUUUCGUUAAACUUGAAGACGUUCGAAGAUAACAGCAAGUUUCACAAGUUAAAAAUAACACUGAUUUUGGGUUUCAGCUCCUGGAUUUUUUAGUCCCUUUGAAGUUGACCUCCUCAGUGAGAUCUUAUGGAACCAAGGAAAGGGAUUAUUUCAAUGUUUUCUUUGAACUUUUCUUUUACUUUUUAAAAUUGACCUCCUGACCGUCAUAAGAGGGGCCAAUCGUUGGCCGUCCGGCAUCCAAUGAAGGAAGUUAUAUGCUGAAAUACGGAUACCUGCUGCUCUUCAAAAUAAAACAAUGUGAUGGCCUUGAACAGUCUUAACCAUUUCCAAAUCGCUCCCAGGUGGGGGAAACCAUGUCCUCUCAAACUCCAAUGAAUGAAUGGAGGACUCUCCCCUGGAAGACGAGCAAAGGACCCGGGGGCCAGACUUCAUAACAUUUAUAGUUUUCCCCUCGCCCCCACAUUUCUGUUGUACUUUUAGGGAAGUCUCUUUUUUAGGUGUGAUUUUUAGCUGGGUCCCCUUUUAGAAUGUAGCAGAACAUAGACUUUUAUUUUGAUGAGAACUUCUUUGAUACCAAUAGAAUCCUCCUCUCCAUGUAAUUGCACAAAGUGUACCGUGAUGUAGGUGUGUCUGCCCGCUACAGUGGACUAUGUGAUCCGUUUUUUUUGUUUCCUCCACUUCUGCGGCUCUGUGUAAAAUGGCAGUCUUAGGUUUUCGCAUCGUUCCUUCAUAGUGCCUUACAGAUACUGACACAGUUUAAAAGUUUACGUUGUUGAACCUUUUAAAACAGAGGAUAUGUUGAGCGGCAGGUGAAAGGCUGACCUCUUCAUCAAUCAGGACGACCAAUGUUUUCCCUCUUUUUUCACCCCCCAGUUGGGGAUGCAGGCUGGAUCAUAAGUUGUUGUAUACGCAUAUGUGGAAAUGUCAUCGUUCUCAUGUAAGAGCAGAAAAUCUCUGUGGGUGUUUUAGGUGGUGAACCAAAGCUGUAGCUGUAAGCUUGUGUUCUUUGGGUAGAUGUGGCCGUUGGCAUAAACCAUUGGUGUUUCAGCUGUGUGUACGUGGCCAUGGCCAAGAACCAGCAUCGGCUUUGUGCUCUUUGUUUUUCAGAAAUGGGAAUUAGGCGACUGAAAUGGCCAAAACCAAAAGCAUUAGCUGCUAUGGGGGGGAAAUAACAUCAGCUCGCCCGGUCUGUAAUAACACUCGUACUUGAAGGACUGUUGGGUAAUAACAAAAAAUGUGAGGAGUUAUUGUCAAAUCCCAGAAGGUGAAUUGGAGUUGGGUACAUUCUGAGGCUGGUUAGAUUAGCCAAUGGGAGCCUCUUGGCUGAAGUGACUUUGCAUUGAAAAGUUCAUGCGUAAUAAGGGUGAGCUGCAGAAUGGGGUUGGGUGAAGGAAAUGGAUGGGGCGAUUGGGGCGUGGGAGUCAGGAUGGACAAAAUGAAACCUUAUGUCAUAUUGGGAUUUGAAGAACUGUGUGUUGGGACUGAGCAGGUAGGUAGGACCAUUCGGCUCCUCAGCUUGGGGCUGGGAGCAGUGAACAGGACACGGCUCACUCCAAAAGUGCGCGUGUUCUGUAACAGGAUGGAGCAUGUUUGGUUUUCAUGCUCGCUUGAAGGAUUCCGGAGUGACACAGGUGUUAUGGCACGCCUGGUAGGAUCCUCGAUUUUAAAAAAUUUUUUUUUGGAGCACAAUUCUGGAAUCGGGAUGACAUUGCAGGUCAUGUGAUAGGGGUCGUUGGAUGAUUUAAUUAGUAUGUUUCUGGAGUAUUUAAUUGUUGUCUAAGAAAGUGACUGCGUACCCCACUUUAUGAUAUGGGGCUGCGGAGAGAUGACGGCAACACCUUCACGUAAAUGUUGCCAUGCUGUGAGGAGUUGCCAUUUCAUACCUCCAAAUAAUGCCAUACUAAUUUUCAAUUUUUUUAUCUGCAAUAAUUAUUAAUAUUUAUAAAUAUUAGCAAUUUUAUUUCCUUAAAUGUUUUGUCACUGAGUGUGAAUGUCCUGUAAUGUUAGUAAUAAAAUCAUGAAACAGUUGUAGGGAUAGGGGUCCUGAUAGAUGGGCAGCUAGAUUAAACUCAACGACGAGACAUCGCCAAGGUUCGGUUUGCGGUUCUCUUAGUCCUUCACCUCAAGUCCAAAGAAGAUCCAGUACUUAGAUCCAGCCUCAGCUGCAUCCUUUUGUACGAUUUUCAGUGCAACGGCCUUUGCACCCUCAAAAAAUGUCCCAGCACUUGACGCUACGAUGUGACCUAAGUUUCACCCUCACCUACGUUUUUUUUUUUUUUUUUUCCGGUGGAAGAGGGAGGGUUUGGCAGCAGAUGGAAAAGCAGCUCGAGCAUCCCAUAAUAGGUGUGCUGUCCUGUUGGAGAGUUGUCCUGGAAACAUUCCAUUCAGGGGGGAUUCCUUCCGUCUCCUCCUGUCAACGUUCCGCCAGUUUUGUGUCAUCUCUCUUUAAGGGACACAUUACACACGCACACACAUGCACACACACACAUAUAUAUAUUUUUUCUUUCAUAUACCACCAAAGACCUUUAGUGUGACCAUCUUGUAACAGAAUACGACCAUAAUGUGUAGCUUCUGUGAGGGCACCUGAAUUGGUCUAUUGUGUGUCUUAGGGUUUGAAGGAAAAAAAGUGUUUGAGUGGUCUUUCCAGUGUAAAUGUUAACAUUUGGGCAGCUGUAACAUGUUUAGAAGAAGGCCAGGCUAGACAGAGAGGUCAUACAUCAGCGUCCUUAAUCGCAAAUAAUAUAUCUUACUUCCCCACUCAGUUGGGAAAGAGCCUCUUCCUAACUUGUGUAGUUUUUUUUCCCCCCGUGUUGUAUCUUAGUUUUAUAAAUGUGUUUUUGGCAUAUAGAUAUUUGAGGCUUUCAUCGGCGGCGAUGUCUUGUGAUCAAACCCACAAAAUGGAUGUAAAUGCGAAAAUCAAAAAAGAAAUUGCCUGAAAAAGCUUUAGAUCUUCCUCUCUCUUUGUAUGUUGGACGUCACUCGCACUGUGAAAGGCAGUAUACCUUCAGCAAAAAGGCCAGCUUCACUCCAUGAAAUUUGUUUGAUGUUUUUCUUUCUUUUCCAUAAUUGAAAUUAUUUUGAUAUAAUUUCAUCGCAUCAGUGGGUUUACCAUUCUAACCCCAAAGCCGUCAUAUAAACCUUUUAUAUCAAUACAAUAGAAUAGUAUUGGAACUGACUGCAUUUCCUGCUUUGUCAAACGUGACUUGAUUUUUACGCAAAUUUGAAAAUGGAGAUGUACCAACCUAGAUUUGCUUUAUUACAAGUUCAGACACAUUUAACGAAAUAUGCAUCACUGGACUGACAUGAAAUUUACACAUUUGUUUUUAGAAGAAAUCUUCUCAGCCUAUAAUAGCAAUUUUGGUAAAUGUGACGCAGCCCUGUUAGACCCCCCCCCCCCCCCCGUGUGUCAUCGUGCUGAAAAUUAGUGUUCAUUGCCUUUAAAAUAAUACACUUUACUAAAAGCUUUAAGGAGUUUAGAUUAAAGGGUUCAAAGGGUUUCUGCGUGAAACUUGGCUGUUUAGGUUUUGUUUGUCCUGGGAAUAUUUAAGCUACUCAAACUAUUUCAACUUCAAAUACCCCCCCUACUUUUGCUCAAUUCUGGUCUUCAAAUCGACCCUGAUAGACUAGGUCUGGUAAGCCUUUUGAUGACAUGUCUCUGCUUGAAGAAAGAUCAUCUCGUAAAAAUAAUAAUAAUAAUGGAGUUAACAGAGAGGGGCCAUCGAUCUCAUUGUUCAUCUCCUGAUGUGCAGAAUAGCCAAAUGUAAUAAGUUGGUAAUUUUUACUCAUUUCUUAGAGAACCAAAAAUAUUCAAAUAUUAACAAAUACAUUUUUUUGCUAAAUGGAUGUUUUCAUAGAGUGUUGUCCUUUUUUGUAUGUGGGUAAGCAUUGACUCAAAAUUUGUUCCAAAUGUUUGCCAGAUUCAUAUAUAGAGCAUUUGUGAACUGUCUGUCAGUGAAUCGUUUUUUUGUAUCAUUUUAUACAGGGAGAUAUUUCCAAGAAGGUCCAUUUCCACCUCUCCAAACCCCUGCCAAAGAUUUCUUUCUGUAAAACAUGUGUGUUUAGUGUAUAGAACUGGAUGGGUGCAGAGACGUGCACAUUUCAGCGAGAUGAACCUGUAUAGCAGUCUCUGCUAUGACCAGACAACGAUGAAAUCUGAUAUUUUUCUACGAUUUCCUCUAGGAUUAGGGACUGUGAAACCUGUGUUUAAUGUCCAUUGCUGUCUCUCACUCCCAUUGUGGAAACUCUUCCAUGCUGCAGUAUUUCAAUAGAUACUCUUAGUUUGAUUUGUCUCUUUACUUUUACUUUUCUUUUGUUUGCUGGGGAUUGGAGGGGUUUGAAAAUGUGUGGUGUUUAUCAGUCCGUUUGACGUAUAGCUAUAUGUACUCAAUUGUUUAGAUUUUAAGUAUGCUAUGAGAAUGGACAUUUUACUGGCUUAUAGAAUGAUUGCAGUAAAGACAUUGGUAAUAAUUAUGAUAAUAAAUUCAUUCUUAACCGGUUGAGUACUUGCUACUAAAGCACUUGUGUUGCCAUUAAGACGUUGUGUGCUUCUCUUAAUAAUCAUUUUCGUUGUAGAAAAAUGGAGUGAAUUUAUCAGUCUUCAAACUAAUUAUAGCGUUGUAAAUUUACUGAGGAUUUUAACUGAAAAACUUGGUUUUUAGGAGAAUAUAGUUAUUUUAAUUGUUAUAUUUACUAACUGUAGGGUGAGACGGGGCUGGACUUGUGGUGAACUAUGUUAUAGCUUGUUAUUCACUGUUACUUUUGAUCAUUUUUUGGGUCUCGGAGGUGAAUCGAGUUAUUAAUGAGAAUUUGUAUGCUCACAUAUGCAUAUUGUAUAUGUGUAGAAAUGUAAUCACUUUGUCUUGGAUUUACAUUAAACUCUUAAGUCACGGCACUUGA